UGCUGCUGCUGCUGCUGAUCAAAGGGGUUUGCAGCAGACCGCCCAGUCACAGAGCUCUGUUUCGCUUUCAGUCUGCGGAUCAUAACGGUUUCACAGCAAGGCGUUGAAAGCACGAGACUAUCCUACAGCGAUUUAUUUGCUUCCGUCCUUCUCUGGUGAUAAAACCAGGCGAGCGCGCGCGAGAGAGAGAACGCGCAGUAAAGGGAAGACGCGGCGUGUUUUCAUUAGGUUACGUUUCCGAGGAAUGAUCCAUCCAUCUGUCGAACACGUUUUACGAACACGGACGUCCUUCUUCACGCAUUGGACGUAGACUUUCGCAGCACCGGAGAGUUUUGAGCAUGCACGGCGCUUAAACAGAGCAAACCCAACAGUUUUUAACAAACACUUGGACCGAAUUACGGCGUCUCGUCGCUUCGCCGACACUCUCGAUUUGAUCUCUGGAUGUAUUUUUGCUGCUCUUGUGUCCUGCGGUGAUGUGCACCGUGCCAAACGCGCGUAGAUGUUGUGAAAUAACACAAUAUGUUGCAGUUUUGGGGGGUUUCAGCUCGGAUUUGUCUUAUUUCAUGCGCUAAACUUCAGUGUUGCCCUGUUUGGUCAUGAGUCUUCAGCAGCAGCAGCAUUAGAAAGCAGUGUGCGAGCACGUUGAUGCUUGGCGUUUUAAUAUGCAUGAAUGUGAUGCUUUCUCUUUUUAAAGUGCUUUCACGCUCAUAACGCUUCAGUUUAGUCUUCUAGACAUCUGUAUGUUGGUAGGGACGUAGCUUGAAUUGUGGUUGUGCAUGACAUAAUAGGCCACUUUAACUUUUUAAGUUCAUAAAGCGUCAUCAUCUUCAGUGCAGGCAUUUGCUUGCCUAAUAAGGUGUUUAAUUAUGCAUAAAUGACUUAAGUUGGCUGUGCAUAUUUUAGACUACGCAAUUGCUGCUUAACUUUUCAAAGUGCAUUUACGUGCAUAAACGCGUAAUUUCGCUUUCCAGUUGAGCAUCAUUGUCAUUUUCUGAAAGCAGUGUGUUUACUUGCUUUUAAAGCGUUUCGACUUGCUUUGAUGUGAUGACUUUUUGCUGUGCAUAUUAUUAUAUGCUACUUAAAUGCUGCUUUAACUUGGAGUACUUUUAAGUCAACAGUUUAAGUUUUGGCUUUGCAUAACAUUUUGUUGAUUUAUUGGCAUUUAAGAAUUUAAUGUCUCAUUUCGGUCUCCCGGAUGAGAUGUUGCAUGACUGCUCUGAAACUAAAGGAAGCUGGUUUUGAAGCAGUGAGCGCGCACUGAUGCGCAAUGACGCUGUUGUUGUGCGCAGAUAUGUUGACGCCACCUGUGGUCUCUUAAAUAGAUUGUUUCGGGAAGAUUUAAGCACUUUGACCAGGAGAGAGUUCAGUUUGCACAGGAGACGUGUUGCUUGCGCUUUCUAACCAAGGUGUGUAUCCUCGUGCUUAAGUGGAGAGUUUAAAUGGUGCUCCGUAAGUUACCCGGUGUCUCAGCAUCGGGCAUGGGGCUUCGUCUGUCUCAGAAAUUCGUGUUUCUGCUGUUCCUGUCGGGGUUGGUUACUCUGUGCUUCGGGGCACUUUUCUUUCUACCCGACACCGUGCGCCUGAAGCGCAUCUUCCUCUCCAAGAACGAGAAUCCCGCGGUGACCGUAGGCUCCGAAAGUGUGCUUUCCAAAAAGGUGCCCGGGGAUCCAGAGCAUCAGCGGGCGGGUUUAAAAGGGGGCGAGGGGGCGAAUGUCAAACUGAAAGUGAGUCGCAAGCCCUCGGUCACCCAUGGAGCGAGAACCGUGGUGAGAUCUGUUGGGACUAGAGCGCAGGACGAGUGGAGUCCGGCGAAGGCUCACGAACCGGCGGCCAGGGACGAGCGGGUCACCUCGCCCGCGCAUGACGGGCAACGCGGGAGCGCGUACAGCUAUGAGGCGUUUAAAAAGUGUCUGCACAAACCAGCUUUGGGGAAGAACAAGGGAACUCCAUCGGAUUCCGAGACGCUUCAGCGGAGGGAGAAAGUCAAAGAGAUGAUGAAGUUUGCCUGGGACAGCUAUAAACUUUACGCUUGGGGAAAGAAUGAACUACGACCUCUGACCAGGAAUGGACACAUUGGGAAUAUGUUUGGCGGUCUCAGAGGCGCUUCAAUCGUGGAUUCUCUGGACACACUGUACAUCAUGGGGCUGAUGGAGGAGUAUGAAGAAGCGAAGGAAUGGAUCCAAAACGACCUGGACCUGAACUCGAAUGGAGAGGCGUCGCUGUUUGAGGUGAACAUCCGUUACGUCGGCGGUCUUCUCUCUGCAUACUACUUGACAGGAGCUGAGAUAUUUAAGCAGAAAGUGGUUGAACUUGGCGAGAAGUUGUUACCCGCCUUCAACACGCCCACCGGCAUUCCCCGAGGAGUCAUUAACCUGGGCAGCAGUGGCACCAGCUGGAGUUGGGGCUGGGCAUCGGCCGGCAGCAGCAUCCUGGCCGAGUUCGGCACGCUGCACCUGGAGUUCGUCCACCUGUCCCAACUGUCCGGAAACCCCCUGUUCACUGAGAAGGUGAUGAACAUCCGAAAGCUGCUGAAUAAGAUCGAGAAGCCUCACGGUCUGUAUCCCAACUUCCUGAGUCCCGUCAGCGGGAACUGGGUACAGCAUCACGUGUCUAUUGGAGGUCUUGGGGACAGUUUCUACGAGUAUCUGAUCAAAUCCUAUCUGAUGUCAGACAAGACGGAUCAGGAGGCUCAGAAGAUGUACUACAGCGCCAUGGAGGCCAUUGAGACGAACCUGGUGCAGAAGUCUCCGGCCGGAUUGACGUAUGUAGCCGAGUGGCGGGGGGGCAUCCUGGAUCAUAAGAUGGGGCAUCUGGCCUGUUUCUCCGGCGGGAUGAUCGGCAUCGGAGCAGACGACGGUCCGGCGGGACAGAAGCAGCACUACCUGGAUCUGGCGGCUGAAAUCACUCACACCUGUCACGAGUCCUACAGCCGCUCAGCCACCAAACUCGGUCCAGAGGCGUUCCGCUUUGAUGCAGGAGCCGAAGCCACAGCCACCCGACUGAGUGACCGCUACUACAUCCUCAGGCCAGAGGUCAUCGAGAGCUACAUGUACAUGUGGCGUUUGACCCAUGACCCCAAGUACAGAGAGUGGGGCUGGGAGGCCGUGGAGGCGUUAGAGAAGCACUGUCGUGUGGACGCAGGUUUCUCAGGAAUCAGAGACGUGUACGCCUCCACAGUCAGUCACGACAACAUGCAGCAGAGCUUCUUCCUGUCCGAGACUCUCAAAUACCUGUACCUGCUGUUCUCGGACGAUGAUCUCCUGCCGCUGGACGACUGGGUGUUUAACACAGAGGCUCAUCCGCUGCCCGUCAUACGCAAGAGAUGCCUUCAGGAGCACAGCAACACACAAGACCAUGAACAGACCAACCUGGAGUAGUAUUUACCAUCACACACACACACACACACACAUGGAUUCAACCUCACGGGUCCUGACAUGGAUUCUCAGCUCCUUUCCUGUAAAGGAUCUCUUCAUAUAUAUAUAUAUAUGCUGUGAUUGUAUAUCUCUGAGCCGAGACUUCCCGCUCUCCUCGACGGGUGGAAGCAGGCACAACUUUCCGUGGACAAUCAGUGAAACGUGACUUUCAUGAGAAGAGCACCUUUUUUCUUUGCUUCUUUCCUCUGUGAGGAAAACCUGACUAACUUGCAGCCCUGAAUCUGUGGGAGGAGUGUCGUACGAUGGCGGGCCGUGCCGAGCGAAAGAGAAAACCACUUUUCUUCACGUCUCACCUGUAAUUUAUCUUUUCUUUCAUCCUUUCAGUGUGUAUUCCUUUCCCCGUCUCUUCUGCCAAAGCGUUUGCGGUCUUCAUUUCGUGUUCUCUCCCCGCCCGUGAGAUUUUGUUCCAUCUCCUUUCGAGUCCAAUUUUGUGCUAUGAUUUUUUCUUUAUUAUUUCAAAGCAGAGCGAGGACUGCGGUUUUUACAAACCUGACCGAAGGAUGCUUUGUGAAAUGUGUUGUACAGAAUCCUCUCGUUUGAACAGGAAGUGGAAUGAUGUCAUCGGCAGGCCAGGAUUGUUUUAUGUGAUUUUAAACUUAAAGUCAUGUAUUUUUUUUAAUGCUUCAACUGCAUUGUGUUGUGCACGAUAUGCCAAGACCAGUAUCACGAGAGUGGAAAAACACACACUUGCACUGGCACUGGAUGGCCACUAGGGCUGGGCGAUUACAUAUUCAACAUUUGUUCGAUUUUUGCAUUGAUUUCGGUGGAGAUUGUGAAUCACAAAAUUAUAUAAAUGCAUUUUUUUUUGUCAGAAUACUUUGAUAUGACAAUAUCAAAAACAGCGUUUAAGUUUGAUUCAUUUUCAUAAUUCACUUCAAACUGUGCGCUUUAAUGAAUCGAUUCAAAACCAUGAAACAAAAAAGCAUUUUUUCAUCAUUUUAAAACUGAAACUUGUAAUUAUUUUAAUGCACUUUUAUUUAAGUCAAACCAGAAAAGAUUGCAGCACCAGAGCAGUUUCAUGAUUUUUCUUUAGUAUCAAAAACUGAUUCAAUACCAUAGAUCACUUCAAAAAGAUUCAAAUGUCCUAAAACAAAGAUGCAUUUGCAUUAUUAAUCGAAAAUGCCCGUGAUUGUGAAUCAGUGCUUUUUGUAAUUUGUUCAUUAAGUUUCAUAAUGAUUGCAUCAUCCGAGUAGUUUCAUGAUGAAACAGCAUUUAAGUUUGCAUUUCAGUUUGAUUCAUUUCUGACUGUCCGUAUCAAUGAAUCAAUUUCUAAAACAAAGAUGCAUUUGCAUUAUUACUCAAACAUGCUUGAGAUUGUGAAUCCCACAAUUCUAUUCAUUUGUCCAGUAAGAUUUCUAUCAUGAUUCUUCUUCAGUAUCAAAAACAACAUGCAAGUUUGAUUCCUUUCCAUGAAUCACUUCAAACUCCAAAGCAAAGAUUUGCAUAAUCACUCAAAAAAAUGCAGGAUAUUGUGAAUCACAUAUAUAUUGUAUUGCGCUUUUUUAAAGUAGCAUUGCAUUAUGCUUCCAAAAGACUUCUUUUACAGCAUUUAAGUUUGAGUCGCUUCCGUGAAUCAGUUCAGAUUCACUUCAGAGCGCCAAAACAGAUUUUAAUUUGUUCUUUACGUUUCCUAAAGAAAUUGCAUCAUCAGACUAUUUACAUGAUUCUUCUUCGGUAUCAAAAGCAGCAUUCAAGUUGGAAUCAUUUUUGUGAAUCAGUUCAAAUGAAUCAGUUCACGACAAAGAUGUAUUUGCAUCUUAACUCAAACAAAAAAAUGUUCUCAAAGUCUCCAUUUGGUGCUUUUUUAUAUUGUUUUAGUAGAAGAAUCUAUAGGUGAAUAUUUUGACCAUGUACCAUAUUUUUCGGACUAUAAGUCUCAACCGAGUAUAAGUCGCAUCAGUCCAAAAAUACGUCAUGAUGAGGAAAAAAAACCAUAUAUAAGUCGCACUGGACUAUAAGUCACAUUUAUUUAGAAACAAGAGAAAACAUUACCGUCUCCAGCCGCUAGAGGGCGCUCUAUGUGUUCAGUGUAGACUACAGGAGAACUGAGCAGCAUAGAGCGCCCUCUGGCGGCUGGAGACGGUAAUGUUUUCUCUCAGUUCAUGUCAAAUUAAUUUUGAUAAAUAAGUGGCACCUGACUAUAAGUCGCAGGACCAGCCAAACUAUGAAAAAAAGUGCGACUUAUAGCCGGAAAAUACGGUACAGUUAUACUGGUGCGUAAAAGUUCAAAAGAAUCAUAACACAUUGAUUAAAUCAGUUGUGCAUUUUCUCACCCAAAAUCAGUGAAAUCGUCCAGCCCUGUCGGCCAAAGUCGUCUCAAAGAAUCGAUGGUGAAUGUGAAUGUUUUUUUCCCUUGGUUUUUGUUCCUGAAGCAACGCCGUCAAACAGUAAAGGUGAAAUGAAUCUACACGAUGAAUGUGAGUGAUUCAUGUCAUUAAUGAACUCUUUUCUGAUUUUUAUGGACGUUCAUGAAAUAAUUGUUCUUUUGGUUUUUCUCAGGUGUUUCUGUACAAGUUUUAAUCACAGUUAUUUGCACUAUUCAUUGCGGUAGUGCUGAUCAUUGUUAAUUUGAACAUCUUCUGUCUCUUAUUGUUGAAUAUUUUCAAAUACUGGUAAAAGAUCUGUGCGAUUUAUACAUUUAAAAUGAGUGCACAAA